AUGCUAUUAGAGCAAAGCAAUUUUACUUAGACUUAAGGAAAUUAGAAAAAGCCAACAUUCAAAUUAGACCCUUUCGAUAUUUAUUCAAAUAAUGAAUUUGAUCCAACUCAGCUUGGGAAUGGAACUCCAUAGAGCAAUGGAAAUAACUUACAGACUCUAUUAUCGACUCUCUAAGGAUUUACAGUUGAAAACUUUAGAGAAAUGAAUAGAAUACAAACUCAACUUAGAUGCUGCUACACAAAUGAAGUAAAAUCAGCAAAGGAAUUGAAGAUAUCUAUGAAAGGCGAGAAUCCUAGUUUUUAUCCUACAAUACAGUAUUCUCUUUCAAAAUAUGACUAUGAAGAUGAGAGACUAGACUUGAGGACUAAAAAACCAUUAAAUAUGGGCUAGGGUCUUGGAUAAAAUCCAAAUCCCUUAUAAACAGUAGAUGAUGGAGCUGAAACUCUAUAUAACACAGAUUUAGAUAGAUGGCUUAUAAAUAAUCAAAAUGUCUUAGAAAAGUAUAAAAUUCACAGGGGUAUUGCAAGAAUAUAUUCUAUAGUACUAUAUAGAGAAUUAGAGCUUGAUGAUCUUAAGGUUAAAUUUAAGUUAAUGGCUAGCACUGGUUUCCUAAUUAAGAUAGCUGGCCAGAAAUUUCUUUUGUCUUGUCUUAAUGUAAUUUAAAGUCCAGAAUUCAUCAAGCAUCUAGAAUAGAAAGAAGCUAAAAUAAUUUCAUUUGCUACAUUUGGAAAUAAAGACAUUCUACCAUUAAUAUAUAAAUAUUUAAAGGAGAAUAAAACAUUAGUCUCAAAAAACAUAAAGAGCUACCUUCUUGAAAAAUAUUUUAAGGUUAUUACUAGAAUUAAACCCAAUAAGUUAGCAUUAGCUGCAAGGAGAGAAUGGCUUAUUAAUAAUUCAAGAUGCUCAGAAAUUAUAGAUAGUGAGUUUUACUAUCAAAUGAUACCAUCAUUAGAUAUGGCAAUAUUUGAUAUAGAUCAGUAAUUUUUAAAAGACCGUUAGAUAAAAGUAAUUGAUUAUAUGAAACCAGAUUCAAGAUAUUAAACUAUGGUUUCAAUAGGAUUUAGUACACCAAUACCAGAUUAAGACAUUAGGGAAUAUAAAAUAAAGUAUGGAUGUUCUAAAGGAGUGAGUAAAAAUGAAAAUCUUAUGAUAAGUAUGCACAAGACAGCUAGCUUUGGCAAAGUAAAAUCUUAUGGAAGUGUUACAACUGUUGUUAAUAGUGCUGGAGUAGGAAGCUAAGGUAGCCCUUGUUUUAAUGAAAUGGGUAAAUGUUGGGGUUUCAUGAUUGGAUCUCAUAAUGAUGUGCCAGAUAAGUAUAGCAUAGAGGAGGAAUUAGAGCUCAUGAAAAGUAUAGAUUAGAAGCUAAGGGAAGAAGAUUCAGGGGGUAAGAAAAAAGACAAUAAAAAAGAUAGUAAAAAGAGCAAGAAGAAGGAAAAGAAAAAGAAGAAGGAUAAAAAGAGAGAUAAAAAGAACAAAAAGAAGUAGGGCAAGAAAAAACCUGAGUCUGCAAUCACUAAACAGAAUCUUAGUCCUCCUGAUCUGGUAGUUAAUACUUCUCACAGCACUUUAGUAGAAUACUUUGAUGUGAAGAGCAAUCACUGUCUUAUACCAUUGAUACCAUCAAAUAAUUCUCAUAACCGCAAUAUGGUGUUGACAUUCAGUCAUUCAGGAGUUAGAUACAUCAUUGAUAAAAUUCAAAAUUCAUCAGAGGAAAAGUAAAAACUGUUGACAGCAAGAAAUCAGCUAUUUGAAAGAGAUAGCAACAAAAAUUCAGAGAUUUCUAAGAAUUUAAGGAUGUAAGCCAGAUAUAUUGGAUAGCAGGGUUUACAACAAAGUAUUAUGAUCUAUGAUGGACUAAGGUAACAUGAAGAAUCAAAGAACAAUCUAGUAACUGUUAACAGCUCAGAAAGGAAUGGGGCUACUAGUACAAGUACUCUAGCAAGCUCAAGAGAUAGUAGGGAUCAUUCUGAGCUUAAAAAUAGCCAAGAAGAUUCAAAAGCAUCAUCUUUAGUAGGUAGAAAUGGUAAAUAUGAUGAGAAAGAAGAAGAUGGAAUCUUAGAAGCUUACAGUAGAAAGAAAAAUGAAGCUAAGUAAAAAAAUCAAUAUCAGGAAGAAAAAGAAGGGAGUGAAAAAGAUUAGUAAUCCUCAACUGAGGAUAAUGAAUAAAAUAGUCCUAAUUGA